UUCGGCGUGAACCCGGGGGCCAGGACUGCGGGCCUAUCCCCCUUUCCCCAUGCCCUCGGGGCGCUGCAUCCACUUUAGAGAAGCCCGGCGACUGCAAGCGCACUCCACACUGGAGCCUCCGAUCCGACGCUGGUGAUAGCCUUAUCUGCCUUCAUUCGCGGCAACCCCCCUUGCCCUCAUGUACCUACCUCGCGAGCUGUCACCAUGCGCCCAGCCCUAUGACACCUCCUACAGCCUCAUACUCGCACCUCAUGUCGAAUUUUCGACCUCUGAUCAUAUUCCCGGCUGUCUUCUCAAGCGAUUUGUCGUCCCGGCCGCCAUCCCUGGGCCCCCAAGACUCGCACAUAGUCGUGCCUCGAUCACAUUCAUCCGGCAGUCUUCGCUGAUGCGGUCAUGCAUGGAACAUCCAGCGUUUGCACCCACGGUCUCGUGAUCUUCGGAUGGGAGGCGCUGUCAACAUACCUGUAAAACAAAAGCCGCACCUCUGAAAUGCCCCGACCAAGGAAAGCCGAUGCCCCGGAACCUAAGCGAAGGAGUCGCCAUGGCUGCUGGCCAUGCAAGAAUCGCAAGAUAAAAUGCGGCGAGGAGCGCCCGAACUGCACAAACUGUGAGAAGGCUGGCGAGGAAUGCGACUACAGUAUUCGUCUCAACUGGGACGGCCGACGAGGAAAGGGCAACGAGGGUCUGAUUCAGUUCUCGCCGCCCACUGAAGCGCCCACAGCUUCGUCGGUGCCUGCUAAGGGAUUCAAGCUAGUACACACUUUCCCUACGGCUGAUGCACCCGCUACACGUCGCGUUGAACCGCUCAGUGCACCGUCAUCUAGUGCAAAGCAGAGUACGGCGGAUGCGGCCCCUGUGGCUUCUGGGACGCCAGACUUGAAGCAGACGCCAACAAAAAACGAUACAGAUAUCUUCCAGCGUCCGGCGAAAAGAGUGAAAAUCACGGCGGCAGGCCAAACGGCUGUUGUAUCGAAGCGGCGGGAGCGCGCAGCUUCGUCUUCAACUAUUGACUCUAGUACCACACUAUCCAAGGUCAAUGAAGCAAUAGAAGCGCCACUUUGGGCUGGGACAUCACCAUCUACACCAUUGACACCGUCGACAACGAAUGAGGACUUACCACAGGCGGAGUAUGGUAUCCCUGUGGCUGCUUCUCCAAGCCUGCCACGGUUCUCACUCAAUGCUCUCCUGGCAGGCUCGCCAGCUCGAAGCCAAGUACAGGAAGGUUCACAAAGCCCUUCAAGUGCACGUCUUCCACCCUUGCACUCCCAAUCACAUCAGACAUAUUAUGGUCUAGACAGAGGCUUUGUCGAUCGCGACAUCGGCCGAAAUGACGAUCAAAAUGCAAUCUCUGGCCACUCCCCGCUAUCGCAACGCGAUGCGCUCGAUACCCCUUCUGAGUUCGAACACGAUUUAUUUCCGAACGAGUUUGGAUUCGGGAUGCAGCAGAACUCCCCGACUAAUGAAGCGAACAACUAUUAUUCGGCCCCAGUACCUAUAUACAUUGCUCGAGAGUUGGAGCCGUUGCCACAGAGGCUGCUGGAAAAUCCCAUGAACCUCUUGUAUUUCCAUCACUUCUUGACACAUACAGCAAGAGUCCUUGUGCCUUUUGAUGACAAGCACGCGAACCCGUUCCGAACAAUUCUACCACAGAUAGCUGUGAAGAACGACAGUCUCCUUGCUUUAUUACUUGCUUACUCUGCUUGUCAUCGCGCACGAAUACUUAACCAGCCCGAGCCGACGCUCCGAAUAUCCUUGUGGCUGGAAGACGUCUUUCCCGAGCUUCGCAAAGCGCUUGAGGAUAAAGACAGAAACUUUUCAAAUGCAAAUCUUGCGACUGCCAUCAUGAUUGCUUCACUGGAAAUCAUCUCACCCACAGUUUUUGGCCAUCACAUAUCGUGGCAGAAACAUCUCAGCCUAGCGCGCGAGCUCAUCACCAGCCGCCCAACCGGCCUGCACGGCGGACAGACCAACUUUCGUGAUGACCAGGUUUCGUCGUUCCUGUGGAGCUGGGCAGCCUUUCUCGACGUGCUUGGCAGCCUAAGUGGUGGUCGUGGCAAUACUUCCUCGUCACAGACGCAGUGGAUCUUCGACUAUGAACUCGACGAUAUUGUCGACGGUUACGACGAAAUCGACUGUGUCAUGGGCUUCACAACGCGCUGCAUCUACCUGCUAGCCAAGAUCGCCAGCCUUGCGAGUCGGUGCGACGCCGAGCGCAUCGGGGACGACCACGAGGUUCGGGCAGACUGGCGGCCAAGCGAGGAAAUUGUGAGCCAGGCCGCGGACCUGCGUGAGGGCCUGCUCAACAGCCUGCGCUGUCCGCCGGUUCCGUGCAAGCACAUUCACAACCACGGUGACGUAGCUAAAUGGGAUCGCAAGAGCCUCACCGCCACCAACGAGGCUACCCACUGGGCCGCCAUGGUCCAUUUAUACCGCCGCAUCCUGGGGCGGGCCGCGGAGGAUGAUAGCGACGUGCAGUAUGCUGUGCGCAAGAUCUUCGCUUGCCUUGAUCUUAUUGAGGUCGGCAGCGCCGCCGAGUCCGGGCUGCUCCUGCCAAUGUUCACAGCUGGGUGUGAGGCACGGAGCGAGGCGGACCGCUCACAGAUCCUUGACAGGUUCUUGGUCGCAGAAAAGGUUGGGAUAGUGAAGGUAUGUGAAGUCACAGAUUGUCUUGCAUGAUCGACGUGAGCGACCCUUAAAGCAUUCACCACGAGUGAAGGAGAAUGCGGGGAGCCGAGUCAUUCCAUCUCACCGACUGCCCCUGAUAUUUCGCUCGAAUAGCCCUU